AAGUAAUAAAGAUCAUUCAUAAUAUUUUUAUUAUUUAUUCAACAAGAAUUUAAAGUUAAGAUUAAGAAAUAUUAAUUACUCAAAAUAAGUAAUAUUUUUUUAUAUAUUUAGUAAUUCAGAAAUUAGUUUUAAACAAAAAUUAAAGAAAAACAUAUCAAAUAGUAUUUAAUAAUAUUAUUUUCAACUUGUAGGAGAUCAUCUGAACCCUUAACAAAAAAAACAAAUUAUUGUUUUUAAAGAUAUAAAAUGUCUAGAUAAACUAAGAAAAAGAAAUAAAUUCAUGGCAAAAGCAGCUCAGAAGAAUCUUCUUAAUCUGAAUCUUCUGAAUCAUAAUCAUCUGAAUCAGAGUCUUCAGAAUCUGAAAAUAGCAGAUAACAGCGCAGAGGAACUUAAAAGAAAAACACCCAAGUACGAAAAUUAACAUAAAGAAAACCUACUUAGGCUCUAAGAAAAUAGGGAACUUUGACACAUAUUGGUAAAUCUGGUCGAUCUUAGGAAGAUAUAAAAGAUGAUGAUGAUUUUAAUUUACCUUAAUAGAGGGGCGGGGGAAGAAAACAAACUCAAGUUAGGGGAAGCGAUACUACAGCUCCUGAAAUCAAAAGAUCUAAUUAAAGAGGAAUGACAAAAAUUUAAGCUUAAAAUUUAAUAUCAAACUUAGAAAAUGAAUUAGUACUUGAAAAAACAAAGUAAGAAUAGCUGUAAAAAGAAAAAGAAGAAUAGGAUAUGUUAGUCAGAAACGAAGUAUAACAUCUAAACUAAGAAAAAUUGUUGCUUCUGAGAAAGGCAGAUCAAAAGAAAACUCAUAUAUAAACAAUUCAAAAGAAGUUAGAAGAAUAAAAGCAAAAUAAUGUUGAUAUCAUAUCUACAAAAAAAUCAAAAAGUACAGGAGGAAUAUUAAGUACUCUUUAAUCAAUAAAUUAAUUUUUCUUUGAUAAUUACUUACUGUCGUCAUACUGUUAUUAAAUGGCAAACUACUUUGAUAAUAAGGUUUACGAACAUUUUGCAUUUAUUUCAUAUUUCUAUAACAGCUCUCUACUAGCCUUCUUCAUCUUACUUUAUCUUUUGAUUAAUUAAAUUGUUUCAAAUCACUCGAACUACUCAAAUAUUUCACUAUUUUUCUCAUUUACGUUUGAUGGUAACGUACCUGCGUUUGUAUUGCUAUGUUUACUAUUUUUAAUAUCGCAGAUUAUUAUUGCUUUUAUUAAAUUUGAUAAAUAUAAAUGCAAAAGAGUGAGAGAAGUAGCAAGAUAUACAUCAAAAAUUAAUUUUUUUAAGCUUGUGAUUAGUGACUAUAACUGGAAGAUUAAAAAUCGCACUUAGCUUGAGAAGGUUCAGCUUGCUUUCUAGCUCAGAGCCUCUUUUCUCUUACAAAUUUAAAGCACAAGAAAUAAAUUUUAAGCAAAAGAAAAUGACUACAGUGUUUAUGUCUUUCAAUUUUUUGGCUUUGUUUUGUCUUGCGGAAUAGUUGUAGCUUAAAUAUUAGGAAUAUAAUUCAUAUUAUAAGAUGGUAGGACAAAUAUUGGGAGUAACUAAAAUUUAAAUAUGUUUAUAUAGAGUGUUAUUUGCUCUGCAUUUUGCUUGAUAGGAAGCUCAUUGACUUAGGUAUUCCACUCUUUUGAAUAAUUAAAAGGGCUCUUUUAUAAAUAGCUGAGAUAUUAUUUGAUAUAGAUAAUUCCUUGUUGCUAUUUCUUAUUUGUUAAAACAUUGGUUUUAUUUGAAAACAAAUACUCAAUCCCAAGCUUUAUUAAUGUAGAAUCUUUUAUGGGAAGUAAUUAUUCUUGCCCUAAUGAGUAACUUGGAUAUGAAUUAAUCAUAUUUAUGUUAACUUAUUCAUUAGUUGCUAUAUUAUAUACGUAUAUUUAGAUUCUCGUUCAAUACAUUUUUAAGAAAUGUAAAGACAGAGGUAGAGAAUCCAAAAACUCUCUUGCUAUGAAAUAUUUUUACUAUGUCCGCUUUAGAUCAUGCUAACAAACAAUCCCAUUUUUAAUUGUUUUCUUCCUUAUGAUUUGUAUAAUACCUUUAAACCCUUUCAUUAUUAUAGUAAAUUUCUUUGUAUUUGCUUUUAUCUUCCUUCACAACUUCCUUUAAGCAAAACGAUUUUUCCUACCUUAAUUUGAUAAUUUUUCAUCUACAAUGAUUAAGGGUAUGAUGAUAAAAUUGCUGGCUAUAAGUCUUUUCCUUGGUUUGAUUUAUUAAAUUAUUUUAUUUAGUCUUGAAUAUGAUCUCGGAUUUUUUGUAAAAAAUGGAAAUGUUGUAAAUUGUGGUCCUUUUGAAAGAGGUCAGACUGGAAUCAAUAAAAUAUGGGAUAAUCUGGGAUCUUUUUCUGAAUUUCUACUUGUUAUUACAUGGAAGCCUAUUAUUUUAUUCCUUUUAGCCUUGUUCAUAUUAAUCUCUAUAAGCUCUGCAAAUUAAAUAGAUGAAUGGUAAAAAUAAUAUUAAGAAAAAGAUAAUGAGUUGAAAGCUAUUAGACGCUUUUAUAGUAAGGAAGUAACUAAUUUGGAGGAUAAAAUCAACUAUGCCUAAAAAAAUAUUGAAAAUAUAGUUGAAGAAGAUGUCUAAUAAAUACAACUUGAGUCAGAUAAUAAACCAUAACGCCUCUCAAAUGGACUUAUCUCUCCUGAUGCAGAAAAAAUUCCUAUGGUACGUAGCAUUGGGCAUAUUAAUGGUUCUGCUUAAAAUAUUGGAAAUGGGAGUUUGAUAUCUACUUUUAUUUAAAAUAAUAAAGAAAAUGACUCUUUAAUAUAAAAUUUGAACUAACAUAAUAAUAAUUAUCACUCAAGGAAUGGUAGCAUGGCUUUUAAUAUUCCUUAAAAACAAUCUACAUAAUAUCUUACCACAACAAUAGGUACUCCAUACAGUUAAAUUAAUAAUAAUAAUAAACAAGAUUCUCCAUUAAAAGUAAAUUAAUUAGGUAAUAAUUCUCCUAGCCCUAUUGUAGUUAACACUGGACCUAAAUCUAUAUUUAAUAGCAACCUUCUAAAAAAAAAUUGACACAUUUUAUUUUUAACAAUAACCAUAAAUUGAUUAUGAUUCAUUAGUUUUAAAAAUUAUUUCACCAAAGAUUUCAAGAAUAAAAUAAUUAAUUAAUUAAAAAAUUUGAAAAAAUAAAUAUAAAAUUAAAUAAAUAAACAGAGAGAUAAAAACAAAAAAUAAGCUUAUAUUAUCAAAUAUAUUAAAUAUAUAAAAUAAAAAUAAAUUUUAUAAUCUAUUUUUCCAGUUUUACUUGCUUUUAAAUUAAUG